GUUAUCGGUUACCAUAGCGACAACAUAAAUAUGGUGGAGAAUAAUUAUGACGCGUAGUUUAAAUGUGAUACAUUAUAGCGGUAAUGUUUUAGACGAAGUAUUGUUUUACUUAAGAUGGAAACAGUAGCGUCGAAAGUGCCCUUUGCAGACUUGUGUUGCGUCUGUGAAAGAAUUUCGAAUAAACAAGGGAAACAAAAGAAAAUGGAUGUUUUGAACAGUUUUAUUCGGCAGUGGAGAGAUUUUCAUAAUAAAUUACAUAAAACAGAUACAACAGAUUCCUUUUACCCUGCUAUGCGUCUUCUGUUACCACAUUUAGAAAGAGAAAGAGCAGCAUAUGGGAUUAAAGAGUUUAUGUUGGCCAAAUUAUAUAUUGAGAUUCUUUGCUUAAGUAAAGACAGUGACGAUGCACAGAAAUUACUUAAUUAUCGUUUUUCAAGAAAUACUAAAACUGAAGCGGGUGACUUUGCAAAUGUAGCAUAUCAUGUGUUAAGUUUACGUUGCCCUGAAAAAGGAACCCUAUCCAUUGAAGAAGUAAAUAAUUGUUUAGAUAGUAUUGCAACAAAUAAUGCUUUGAAGAAUAAAGAUGAAAUGAAGAAAAGUAUUUUGCGUUUAUUGCGAAAUACUUCAGCCAGAGAACAGAAAUGGUUAAUAAGAAUGAUUAUGAAAGAUUUAAAAAUGGGAAUUAGUGAAAAUACAGUUUUUGCUGCUUAUCAUCCAGAUGCCAAAGAUUUAUUUGAUGUAACCAGCAGCUUAUCUAAAGUAUGCUCAAUGCUGAAGAAUCCAAAUAUUAGGUUAAAUGAGAUUGAGAUCUCUCUCUUUAAUCCUUUUCGUCCAAUGUUAGCUGAAUAUGCUCCUCCAAAACAGAUAGAAAAAUUAAUGAAUAAUCAGGCCUUUCAUAUUGAAACUAAAUAUGAUGGAGAGAGAAUUCAGCUGCAUAAAGAAGGAAAUAAAUAUAUGUAUUUUUCUAGAAACUGUAUUGAUUUUACUGAUUAUUAUGGAUCAACAUCUUUCAAAGGAUCAUUUACACCUUUCAUAGAUAGAGCUUUUAGUAGUAAAGUGAAAAAUUGUAUUUUGGAUGGAGAAAUUGUUGGAUAUAACACAAAGUUGAAUUGUAUUGGAUCUAAAGGUGAAAAUUUUGAUGUAAAGAACCUUCAUCCUGGAGAUAUAUAUCAGCAAUGUAUCAUUAUUUUUGACAUCUUAUUUUAUAAUGAUAAAGUUCUAACAAACUAUCCAUUAAGUGAACGGCUUCAAUAUUUGGAAAACUUAUUUACACCAAUAGAAGGACGAAUUCAAUGCAGUCCAGUAAAACAUGCUUCUACAGAAAAAGAAGUAGUUGAUGCUCUAAAUGAAGCAAUUGAUAAUCGUGAGGAAGGAAUUAUGAUUAAAGAUAUGUCAUCAGUAUACUAUCCAAAUAGUAGGAAAAGAGGAUGGGUUAAAGUUAAACCAGAAUAUGUUAAUAAUCUUACGGAUGAAUUAGAUCUACUGAUUAUAGGAGGCUAUUUUGGUGAAGGAAGAAGAGGUGGCUUGAUAUCACAUUUUUUAUUAGGGGUUUGUGCAAAUGAUAAAAAUGAUGAAAAUCCUGUUUUUUAUUCUUUUACAAAAGUUGGAUCAGGUUAUUCAUAUAAAGAAUUGUGUGAUCUAUUAACUAAACUUAAUACUAAUUGGAAUAUAUAUGACAAGAAAAAUCCUCCAAGUAAUAUUAUUUUAGCACCUGGUCAUAAAGAGAAACCAGAUGUUUGGAUCAAGCCAGAAAAUUCUGCAGUUCUUCAAGUAAAAGCUGCAGAGAUUACACAAAGUGAUCAAUUCAAAACUGGAUGUUCUCUCAGGUUUCCUAGAGUUGAAAAAAUAAGAUAUGAUAAAUCAUGGAAUCAAUGUCUUACACUUUCAGAAUUGGAAAAUUUGAGAAAGGAAGGUGGUGGUAAACUGGCAGGUAGAUAUUGUACAAUUACUACAGAUCAGAAUUAUGAAAUAUCACCAAAGAAGAGAAAAGUUAUUUUGACAUCUGUAAAACCUACUGUUGCUCCUCAUUUCCAACCAGCUGAUAUUUCUGAUAUUAAAGUGAAAUCACACAUGUUUGAAGAGAAAGAAUUCUGUGUAAUCAAUGGCCCACCUUCUCACUCUAAACACACUUUAGAAAAGUUAAUUGCUGAAUAUGGAGGAAAUAUUACUCAAAAUCCAGGAAUGAAUACAUUCUGUGUAAUUGUUGACAAAGUUACAUUAAAAGCUAAGAACAUCAUUGCAAAAAAACAGUAUAAUGUAGUUAAAGUGACUUGGCUUCUAAAAUGCAUUGAUCAAAAUUCUUUCAUUCCUUGGAAACCAUAUGAUUUACUGUCAUCAUCUUAUUCUACAUCAGAGAGAUUUUCUGAAGAUUUUGAUAAAUAUGGUGAUAGUUACACAAAUAAUAUAACAGAAUUUGAACUAAAAGAAAUAUUCCAGCAAAUAUCAGAAGAGGAAUGUAAAGAGCAAUGUAGUAAUGAAGAGAUUGCUGAAAAAGAAUUGAAAUAUUUUCCAAAUGAAUCUCUGCAUGGAUUAUUUAGAAUUUUCAGGAUCUAUAUAGAUGAUAAAGCGAUUUUAGGAGAAGAAAAUACAAAAAUAAAAAGUCACAGCUUAGGCAUAACAGAAUUACAGUUAAGACUCUAUGGAGCAACAAUCAUUAGUAAAGUUGAUGAGAAUACCACUCACGUAAUUACUUACUCAGGUGAUUCUUCAAGAUACAAAAUGCUGAGACAGAUGAAUCGUACAAGACAGAAAAUGUUUCACCUUGUUACCGAAGAUUGGGUGAGAGAAUGCAUUAAAAAUAAAAGGUUGUUAAAUGAGAGACAUUAUCAGCCAAAUUUAUAAUUAUUGUUUAAUAUUUUUAAAAAUAAUUACACGGUGAUUAUAAAUUAUCUCAUAAAUGUUAUUCAAUAAAAUGAAUUUUAAAUAAAUACUGUAUA